AUGAAAUGUUAAACCACAAUUGUGAUCCUACUGUAUUUUAUUCUAUCAAAAUGGCGACAGUCAUUCAGAAUCCUUUAAAAUCGCUGGGCGAAGACUUUUACCGGGAGGCCAUUGAGCAUUGCCGCAGCUACAAUGCACGUCUGUGUGCCGAGCGGAGCAUGCGCCUGCCCUUCCUGGACUCUCAAACGGGCGUCGCCCAGAACAACUGCUACAUCUGGAUGGAGAAGACCCACAGAGGUCCAGGAUUGGCCCCGGGACAGUUAUACACCUACCCAGCUCGAUGUUGGCGGAAGAAGAGACGCCUCAAUAUCCUGGAAGACCCAAGGCUAAGACCCUGCGAAAUUAAACUCGAUACCGAGGUGGCUCUAAAGAAGGAGGGGUUGUUACCUGAAGGACCGGCGUUGGAAGCUCUUCUGUGCGCGGAGGCGGUGGAGAAGAAGGCCGAGACGAAAGACGAGGAGAGUAUCAGUGAAUGUCAGAGAAUUUUGGCGAGUGAUUUUCCUCAUGAAAUCGAGGCAGAUGAUCUGGAGGAAGACACACCAAAGCGGAAAAAUAAAACCAAAGGAAGAACAUGUGGCAUCGGAGGAAUGCGCAAGAGACAAGAGCCAACAUCCCUGGAAGACAGAGACAAACCGUAUGUGUGCGACAUCUGCGGGAAACGAUACAAGAACAGACCAGGCCUGAGUUACCACUACACCCACACUCACCUGGCGGAGGAAGAAGGGGAAGAUGAGCUAGAACGACACACUCUGCCCUUCCAUCGGAAGAACAACCACAAACCUAGGAAGGCUCCCGACGGAUCCAUCAUUCCAAACACCUAUUGCGACUUCUGUCUGGGUGGGAUUUCUGGAAACAGGAAGACUGGGUGUCCUGAAGAUCUGAUAUCCUGUGCGGAUUGUGGACGCUCUGGCCAUCCAUCGUGUCUGCAGUUCACAGUGAAUAUGACAGCCGCUGUGAGGACCUAUCGCUGGCAAUGCAUUGAGUGCAAAUCCUGCAGCCUCUGUGGCACCUCAGAGAACGAUGAUCAAUUACUGUUCUGUGAUGAUUGUGAUCGAGGAUAUCACAUGUACUGCCUGAACCCACCGAUGUCUGAACCUCCGGAAGGCAGUUGGAGCUGUCAUUUAUGUUUACAACAGUUGAAAGAAAAAGCCUCGGCCUACAUAACUUUGACCUAAAAGCUGACAUCGUUGUUGGCGAGUCAAUGCCAAUGACCGUGACGUUUCCAAACCCUCUCCACUCGUCCAGCUCAGAAAGGUGACCAGGUUUCCAAAUCAAGGCACUAAAAUGUUGUAAGAUCGAGACCUUUGACUUUGAAGAGGUCAGAAUGCUGCUAUUUGGGGCAAUUUCUAUCUUUGUACUGUGAUUGUAAACAUGAAAUGAAGUGUUUUACACGUGACAUUUUAACGAGGGGUUUUUAUUUUACUUUGUAAAGCAAAUGUCUUCACCACUGAGUAUUCUUUAGCGUCAAAUCAAAGAUUCAAAGAGGAGGAACGCAAAUCGAACAACGAGCAGCUCCAGCCACUGAGGGAAUUAUCUCGCUGCAUUUGAUUUGAUUUUAGCCUCAUAUUGGGUACAAACUGUCAGCGCAAAAGACCUCAGUUACAGUUCAGACCUGUUUGGUGAACAGACCUUGAUAGCAACUCUUGGUCAGGCUGUUGCAUGUUCAACUAAACUAACUUUGGUGUAGACCAACACCCUUCAGAGUGGGAGCCAAUUACACCUCUAACCCUUUGGUUAAAAAGGAGUUGAUUCUUUGUAAAAACAAUGCAUGUUGUGAUUAUAUAUUGUACUCUCUCCCGCCCCCUCAGAGGCCAAGAAUGGACUAAAUGCAAGAAUUCAACUCAUUGUGAUU